AUGUACGUGGCACACCUCACGCAGACGCAGCUCCACACCGCCCAGACCGUCGCCGGCCACGUCCUCACAACGGCCGGCUGCAGCUCCCUGCCCCUCGACACCUCGCCGCACGCCGUCAAGCGACGCGCCAUGACGUCGCCCUCGUACGCGCCACUCUGCGCCGACCACAACACCACCGAAUGCUCCCACUGCCAACUCCUCGCAAAAUACUGUCAAGUUGUGGAAAUUGAAUCUGGUGAGUGUGUUGUUGUAGGCAGCAAAAUGGCCUUGAAAUCAGUGGAGUUCCACUUCACGCCGUGCCGCGUCUUCCUCUUCGACCAAUCCCUUCUCAUCACAGAAGACAACACAUCCGCAUCUCACUCCAACACCUCCUCCUCCUCCAGCGCCGCCAGCAUGUCGCCGGAAGCUGCAUGUGUUGGGAGCUCCUUCCAGGCGAAUUUCGGCAGCGUGGUGAGUGGAUCGGCAUCACUGGCUCACCGAUGGAGUGACAACAACGGCAGUGGUGGUGGUGGCGGUGAGAGCGGCAGCCGACGACGCUCCGACCUAUCGCGCAGACGAUCUCGACAGUCGGUCACGCCGUCCAACAUGGACGAGGAGUUGACCGUCAAACACGCAUUUUCCCAAUCGUACUCGGGCUUCUCCGCUGGCCGAAGUCCCGCUCUCCGACGCACCAUCCACGUCCGACGCCACACCGGCCAUCUCCAUAGUCUCGACGUCGAUGUCUACGCUACCGUUGGUGGAGGUGGCGGCGGUGGUGGCGGCGCAGGAGUCACAACCUCCUGGCCCAAACACACCUGGUCCACCUCACACGACCCCUUCCGACAAUCCUCCUACAAGUUCCUGCACGAGGUCAAGGUGAACAAAAUGACCUUCUUGGUAAGUCACACCUUGUCUCAUUGA